GAGCCCCACACCACUUGACAUGCCCUGAGCCUGCCUGCAUGUCUCUGCCUGUAGCUUUGCCCCACUUUGGUGCUGCUCAUGCUACCGGCAUUGCACACCCACAUGUCUGUGUCCGUGUGCCUCUGUGUGUGCACAUGAGAGGAGAGGAUUGAGGGGAGGCGAGACGGUCACAUUUAUAGGAAGUGCCAGCGGUCAUUGUGAAGUGUGAAAGCAAACUCUGCCAGCUCUUGGACUGCUGCAAGUGGACAGACCACCUCACAUAAUGCCAUCAUUCGAUGAGGUUUUGAAGGAAGCUGGGGAAUUUGGAAGAUUUCAAAAGAGGGUCUUUUUCCUUCUUUGUCAGACAGGCAUAACUUUUUCGUCACUGUUUACCAGUGUGGUUUUCCUUGGGCAGGCACCGGACAACUAUUGGUGCAGAAUCCCUGGGGCAGCUGAAUUGAGUGAAAGAUGUGGCUGGACACUGGAAGAGGAACAAAAUUUCACGGUAUUGCCUCUGCACCUGGGGAACAGGUCCUCCAGCGGGGAGUGUGAGAGGCUGGACGUGGUGUGGGACACCUCUGACAGCUGCACCAGCCCCCUUGCCCGCUACAGCAAUCGCAGCGGGGGCAACCUGCCGCUCACCACCUGCCACGGUAACUGGGUGUACAAACAGCCCCACUCAUCCAUCAUCAGCGAGUAUAACCUUGUGUGCGGCAAUGCCUGGAUGCUGGAUCUCUCACAGGCUAUCCUCAAUCUGGGAUUUCUGGUCGGCGCGUUCACCCUGGGCUACGCUGCAGACAGCUCCACGUCCUUCUUGUGUUGGGGGCUCCAGAACUGGACACACUACUGCAGAUAUGGCAGAAUCCUCAUCUACCUGCUCUCCUGUCUUGGGGUUGGGAUUUGUGGUAUCAUAGUGGCAUUCUCGCCAGACUUUACCGUAUUUCUGAUCUUCCGUUUUCUUCAAGGUGUGUUUGGCAAGGGAACCUGGAUGACAUGCUACGUGAUUGUGACAGAGAUUGUUGGUUCUGACCAGCGGUUCGUUGGGAUCGUGAUUCAGAUGUUUUUCACGCUGGGAAUUAUGAUUCUCCCUGGAAUUGCAUAUUUGGUUCCCACCUGGCAGGGCAUCCAGCUGGCCAUUUCACUGCCCAACUUCCUCUUCCUGCUAUACUACUGGGUGGUUCCUGAAUCUCCACGUUGGCUCCUGACACGCAAAAAGGGAGAGAAGGCAUUAAAAAUCAUGCACAACAUUGCAAAACACAAUGGGAAAUACCUCUCACCACAUUAUUCAGAGAUCACUGUUAGCAAUGAUGAGGUCAGCAAUCCCUCCUUUCUUGACCUGGUGAGGACUCCCCGGAUGAGGAGGAACACGCUUAUCCUGAUGUACGCCUGGUUCACAAGUGCCCUGAUCUACCAAGGGCUUGUCAUGCGCCUAGGGAUUGUUGGAGGAAAUCUCUAUCUAGACUUCUUCAUCUCAGGAGCUGUGGAGCUGCCUGCUGCUCUCCUAAUUUUAGUGACAAUUGAUCGUGUUGGCCGGCGCCUUCCCUUUGGAAUAAGCAAUAUUGUGGCGGGAAUUGCAUGCAUCAUUACUGCCCUCUUGCCAGAAGAUAUUUCAUGGCUCAAAACAACAGUUGCCACACUGGGAAGACUGGGCAUCACAAUAGCUUUUGAAAUCGUCUAUCUUGUGAACACUGAACUAUAUCCUACGACACUGAGAAACUUUGGUGUUUCCCUGUGCUCGAGUUUGUGUGACCUAGGUGGGAUCAUAGCCCCAUUCCUGCUUUUCCGAUUAGCAGCCAUUUGGUUGGAGCUACCUCUAAUUAUUUUCAGUAUUCUUGCAGUUGCCUGUGGGCUUCUAGUAUUACUUUUACCAGAGACAAAGGGAAUCUCAUUACCAGAGACAGUGGAGGAUGUGGAGCAACUUUCAAGUCAUUUUGGUAAAUGUGGCAAGAAACGGAAACACCGGGACAACAGCUCUUAUAUUUGACCUUUGAAGGAUGGGACUGAGCAAAGAACCAUGUUCCCAUACUGGGAAUUUUUUCUCCAACAGCCACUACUUCAAAAUUCGCUGCAGAGUAUGGAUUAAACUCCAUGUUUUUCUUCUAAGCAUAAGGACAUUUUAAACAAGCAGUGUAUUUUUCUAUAAGUAUGGAAUAAAUUCAUUUUUUCUGAGUA